AGCAGCAAAAUGCGUGUCUGGUGGGGGGCCUGAACUCUUUGAGGAGGCGCAUAAGUAUAAGGGGAUCGAACGGAGAAGUGCGUGAAAGUUGACGUUUGUUUCGUUGCGGGCCCACAGUCGACAACAGUCUUUCAGCUGCUCCCGCUUAGUGUGGACGUCGAACUGUCUUUCAAGAUUUUCGAAUAAUGAACUCCAAAAUGGACGUGAAAAAGAUGAUGGAAUUCAUGGAGCUUAUCGGCAGAUUGAAGCACCUGAAAAGGACAGGCUGGGUGAUUAGAAAUGUUCCUGACCCUGAAACUAUUUCAGGUCACAUGUACAGAAUGGCUAUGUUAUCCUUCUUAGUUGACCCUAAAGAGAACCUAGACAAAUCAAAAUUGAUUGAGAUGGCAUUAGUCCAUGACUUGGCGGAGUGCAUUGUUGGUGAUAUCACCCCACACUGCGGUGUAUCACCAGAAGAUAAGCACAGGAUGGAAGAUGAAGCAAUGGAAAAGAUUUGUAAAAAUCUUGGAGACAGGGGAGCUGAAAUGCUCAAAUUGUUUAGAGAAUAUGAGAAGCAAGAAUCUGCUGAAGCCUGUUACGUGAAAGAUUUGGACAGAAUAGAUCUAUUAAUGCAAGCAUUUGAGUACGAAAAACGUGAUAAUAGCCCUGGGCAUCUACAGGAAUUUUUUACAAACACCCAGGAAAAAAUCAAGGAUCCUUUCCUUGGUGACAUUGUGAGGGAAAUUAACAGUCAACGAGAAGCACUCUCCAAGACCCUGGCUAACGGUAAUUGACGUACCCUUUAAGUAGACUAGAUAAGAUUUAACUAAAAAUAAAUAUAUAUAAAUUAAGAGAGUUUUUUAUAAACGUAAUGCCGCAUUAUUGCAAGGCGAUAAUGAUAAACUAAAAAAUUGAUGACAAGCAUCAUUCUGUUUAACGGUUAAAACUUAUUUUAAAAAAAUAUGUAAGUUAAUUUAUCAGUAGGAUAUUGUCUAGACGUUUUUUCAAUUUUGUGUACUUGUCAAUCUUAAUUUAUUAAUAUGUGAUGAUUCACCAAAUUUUCUUAGUACUGAAGUAUAUAUCAACACAAAUAGAAAACAAUUUUAUAAAAGUAUUUAAUAUAUUUAAUUUAUUACCGCUUAGUCUAGAGAAAUAUUUUUUCAAUCAUAUAGUAGCAUAUGAUAAAUGGCAAUACUCGAUUAACGAUUAUUAAUAUUAUGAGAUAAUGCAAACAGUAUUUAAAAUUAAGCGUAAGUUCUUAAUUUUGAUGUAUUAUUCAACAGCAAUAUUAAUAAUCAAAUCCGUCACAACAUUAAAUAACUAGCCGGGAAUGAAAUAACACGUAUGUUCGUGUUAUAAUAAAAGUUUUGUUUUAAAUGUAGUCGAUACGAUAAAGUUGUAAAACAGUUAACUUUUGCUUAAAGCGGCUUAUUUUAUACGUUACUUUUUUAAUUUAAUGUAUUACUUGUUAUAAAAAAAAUCAUAGUUUCGAUGUAGCAUUGUUAGAAUUUCAAUGCGACCGUACACCUAUACAUAGCAUAAGCUUAUAGAUAGAAAAUGAUAAAAAUUUCGUUUAGUUAAAUAAAAAUUAUUAAAAUACCGUUGCUCGUACAUCUGCGUUGAUUGAUUUUCGCAAAAAAAGUUACGUUACAAUCAUUUGAUAAAAUUUUUAUUAUGUUUUUACCCACUACUGUUUUCAUUAUUUUUUAAAGAAAGUCAAAUGUACAUAAAGUAAAUGCAAUGGAUUAUGAAAAAACGUACAAACUAAUAUUUAAAAGAUAAAUUUUAUUCAUACGUAGGCGUGUUCUUACAAUAAUUUUUAACAUUUGUUCACGCCAUUAGAUCAAUUGAAAAAGUCGUAUAUAUAUAUAUAUAUGUAUAUAAAGCUUAUAUAAAAAUCAACAAUCAUGAUAAUUGAAACAAGGUCUUAGAAUAAAGUAUCAGAGAGUGAAAGCCUAUACAAAUUUUAAAAAGUAAUAUAUGAAACAAAAGAGUGUGUAUUAUAUUUAUUGUAAGUAUAAGUCUUAACGAAGUGAUACGUGACAGAUACAUAAGUUCUUUAGUCAUAUGCGUUUAUAGAAUAACGAGAGAAAAGACCAUCGAAGAAUGACAAAGUCAUGUAAAAACUUAUCAAUAAAAUAUAUUGUUUUUUGUACACA